GGCUGCAAAGUGGGGAGGCCGGUAACAGUCCCCUUCAAUGCCAAGGAUGCAGCAGGCCAAGGAAGCCAUGAAGGCAUCAGAUGGCAGCCUCCUGGGAGACCCUGGGCAGACACCUCUGAGCAAGAAGGAGGGCAUCAAGUGGCAGAAACCACGGCUCACCCGCCAGGCCCUGAUGCAGUGCUGCUUGGUCAAGUGGAUCCUGUCUAGUGCCGCUCCACAGGGCUCAGACAGCAGUGACAGUGAGCUGGAACUGUCCACAGUACGCCACCAACCAGAGGGCCUGGAGCAGCUUCAGGCACAGACCAAGUUCACCAAGAAGGAGCUGCAGUCGCUCUACCGGGGCUUCAAGAACGAGUGUCCCACGGGCCUGGUAGAUGAAGAUACCUUCAAACUCAUUUACUCGCAGUUCUUCCCUCAGGGAGAUGCCACCACCUACGCACACUUCCUCUUCAACGCCUUCGAUGCUGAUGGGAACGGGGCCAUCCACUUUGAGGACUUUGUGGUUGGACUGUCCAUCCUACUGCGAGGAACAGUCCACGAGAAGCUAAAAUGGGCCUUCAAUCUCUACGACAUUAACAAGGAUGGCUACAUCACCAAAGAGGAGAUGCUGGCCAUCAUGAAGUCCAUCUAUGACAUGAUGGGCCGCCACACCUACCCCAUCCUGCGAGAAGAUGCCCCCCUGGAGCACGUGGAGAGGUUUUUCCAGAAAAUGGACCGGAACCAUGAUGGGGUGGUGACUAUUGACGAGUUUCUGGAGACCUGUCAGAAGGAUGAGAACAUCAUGAGUUCCAUGCAACUGUUCGAGAAUGUCAUCUAAGACAUGUGGGAGGGGGACCCUGGGUGACCAUUGCCUCUCCACCCCCAAGAAACUUCAAUCCUGCCAGGAACAGCCUCCAUGAGAAACUUUUUUUCUAAUGUAUUUGCAAAAGUGAGCGGUUUGCUCCCAGGACAUACACCAUACACACACACACACACACACACACCAGGACAUACACCAUACACACACACACACACACACACACACACACACACAC